GACAAAAUGGCUGCAGUACUUCAGGAAAAAGAACAACAUCCAAUCGAAAGAAGAGCGCUUCCAGAUGGCAAGAAGUUCCAUGUGUUUAUAUCCUACAGUGAAUGUGACAGAUCAUGGGUCGAAACAGUAAUACAACACUUACAAAAUGAUUACAAUUUCAAGUGUUUUAAACAUUCAACAGAUUUUAUACCAGGAAGAAAAAUAAGAGAAAACAUAGAAUAUGCAAUACUGAAUUCUGUGAAAACACUAUGUGUUAUAACGGAAGACUAUAAUCAGAGUUUCUGGUGUCAAUUUGAAGUAGAGUUUGCAAUACUAAAGUUGCUAGCUGAAAUGAAAGAAAAUGUCAUCAUUCCAGUUUUAAAGGAGGAAUGUGAGAUACCUGGUUAUCUUAAACCAUUUACCUACAUAAAUGGCACUGGAGAUAUGAACGUCUGGCUUCCUAAGCUUGCCUCUGCCAUUGAGUUAGAAGGGGAACAAUAUAACCAUGAAUUAGCAUUAAACCGAGUAAGAAAUGCAGGUAAUUUAAUUUUAGUUGACCAAUGA